AUGGAGUCUGUCUCCGCUCCCCGGAAGGAGACCAAGCCGCUGCUGGGGGGCGACGUGUCGGCCCCCGAGGGCACGAAGAUGGGCGCCGUGCCCUGUCGCCGAGCCCUUCUGCUUUGCAACGGGAUGAGGUACAAACUGCUGCAGGAGGGCGACAUUCAGGUCUGUGUCAUCCGGCACCCGCGGACCUUUCUCAGCAAGAUUCUCACCUCGAAAUUCCUGAGGCGCUGGGAGCCGCACCACCUAACGCUGGCCGACAACAGCCUGGCGUCCGCCACGCCAACUGGGUACAUGGAAAACUCAGUCUCCUACAGUGCAAUUGAAGACGUGCAGCUGCUGUCCUGGGAGAACGCCCCGAAGUACUGUUUACAGCUCACGAUUCCUGGGGGAACUGUCUUACUGCAGGCUGCCAACAGCUACCUGCGGGACCAGUGGUUCCAUUCUCUGCAGUGGAAGAAAAAGAUUUACAAAUACAAGAAAGUGCUGAGUAACCCGAGCCGCUGGGAAGUUGUCUUGAAAGAGAUCCGGACCCUGGUGGACAUGGCCCUGACAUCCCCCCUGCAGGACGACUCCAUCAACCAGGCCCCACUGGAAAUCGUCUCGAAACUGCUCUCAGAGAACACAAACUUGACUACCCAGGAGCAUGAAAACAUCAUUGUGGCAAUUGCUCCUUUGCUGGAAAACAACCAUCCACCACCAGAUCUCUGUGAAUUCUUUUGCAAGCACUGCAGAGAGCGGCCCCGGUCCAUGGUGGUCAUCGAGGUCUUCACCCCUGUGGUCCAGAGAAUCCUCAAGCAUAACAUGGACUUCGGGAAGUGCCCACGACUGAGGCUGUUUACUCAGGAGUACAUCCUUGCCUUGAACGAGCUCAACGCGGGGAUGGAAGUAGUGAAGAAGUUCAUUCAGAGCAUGCAUGGUCCCACAGGGCACUGCCCCCACCCCCGGGUCCUGCCCAACCUGGUGGCUGUGUGCCUGGCUGCCAUCUACUCCUGCUACGAAGAGUUCAUCAACAGCCGCGACAACUCCCCCAGCCUGAAGGAGAUCCGGAACGGCUGCCAGCAGCCAUGUGACCGGAAGCCCACCUUACCUCUGCGCCUUCUGCACCCCAGCCCGGACCUGGUGUCUCAGGAAGCCACGCUGUCCGAGGCGCGGCUCAAGUCGGCCGUCGUGGCCUCCAGCGAGAUCCACGUGGAGGUGGAACGCCCCAGCACUGCCAAGCCGGCGCUGACGGCCAGCGCGGGCAACGACAGCGAGCCCAACCUCAUCGACUGCCUCAUGGUCAGCCCUGCCUGCAGCACCAUGAGCAUCGAGCUGGGCCCCCAGGCUGACCGCACGCUCGGCUGCUAUGUGGAGAUCCUCAGGCUGCUGUCGGACUAUGACGACUGGAGACCAUCCUUGGCCAGUUUGCUUCAACCCAUUCCAUUCCCCAAAGAAGCUCUCGCACAUGAGAAGUUCACCAAGGAACUGAAGUAUGUGAUUCAGAGGUUCGCUGAAGACCCCCGGCAAGAGGUCCACUCAUGCCUGCUGAGCGUGCGUGCCGGCAAGGAUGGCUGGUUUCAGCUCUACAGCCCUGGCGGGGUGGCCUGUGAUGACGAUGGGGAGCUGUUUGCCAGCAUGGUGCACAUCCUCAUGGGUUCCUGUUAUAAGACCAAAAAAUUCCUGCUCUCCCUGGCGGAAAACAAGCUGGGACCCUGCAUGCUCCUGGCGCUGAGGGGAAACCAGACCAUGGUGGAGAUCCUGUGCCUGAUGCUGGAAUACAACAUCAUCGACAACAACGACACCCAGCUGCAGAUCAUCUCAACCCUGGAGAGCACGGAUGUCGGCAAGCGCAUGUAUGAGCAGCUCUGUGACCGGCAGCGGGAGCUGAAGGAGCUGCAAAGGAAAGGCGGGCCCACCAGGCUAACACUGCCCUCCAAGUCCACAGACGCUGACUUGGCCCGUCUGCUGAGCUCGGGCUCCUUCGGAAACCUGGAGAACCUCAGUUUGGCCUUCACCAACGUAACCACGGGGACUGAGUGUGUCUGUGCCCCACAGUUUGGAGACGCCGGCCUGCGGCUCCUGUCGGAACACCUCACCAUGCUCCAGGUGCUGAACCUGUGCGAGACCCCGGUCACCGACGCUGGCCUGCUGGCCCUGAGCUCCAUGAAGAGUCUCUGCAGCUUAAACAUGAACAGCACCAAGCUCUCGGCUGACACCUACGAAGAUCUGAAGGCCAAGCUUCCCAACUUGAAGGAGGUGGACGUCCGCUACACGGAAGCCUGGUGAAGCCCCCAGCUCGAGCAGGAAGUGUGACCACGACUAAACAACUCUUGACUAAUAGCCGUAGAACAGCCGGUCCCGGGGUCCCACCUGGCGCCCUGGCUGCGAGAUAGAUGGGGAGUCUUUCUGGGGGCAGAGGGGGGAGGGGGUGGGAGGGGUCCACGAGCACGCCCAGCCCCCACCUAAUUCUUUUAGCUUCAUAAUUGGAACCUUUGACCUGAUCUGAAAUGGACUUUGUGGCGACAAGAGGGGCAUUGGCGGGGUGGGAGAGGGUGGGGGCGGGGCUGGGUGGGGUCCCUCUGUGGAUUUUCUUUGCCUUUGUGUUUAACGCCGUGUGGGAGAAACCAACUCCAGCGCCACCGGGGCAGGCCGGGCGGAGGAUGCUUGCUUCCUCGCGGCUCCCAGCUGAGCGCAGAGCUCGCCCGCCCUUGGGCCAGGAAGACCCAGUCACGUCACUGCACCUGUCCUGUGUCCUCACCAUUGCUAUGCAAAGUGAUUCUCGUUGUACAUAAGAUUUAAAUAAUGCACCUAUUUAAGACAUGUUGACAAAUUGUGGGUCUGGGACCCGCCCCUUAUUUAUGAAGUCUCUGCCCCUCCCUCCCCUCCCUUCCCACUCCCCCACCCCCGGCGUGUAGUACUGUAUAGACCAGUCAGCUGUCGGAUUAGUGGUAGUAGUAUUGUUAUUUUUUUAAAGGAAACAAACAGACAAAAAAAAAAAAAAGAAAAAGAAAAAAAAAAGAACCUUCUUGGAAAAAGUAAUUGAUUUUUCGUAAUGGAUUCUGUAUGCUAAUGCUCUCGUCCGUCAGUCUGUCCACCCUCCACUGUGCAUUCUGAUUUCUAGAUGUCUCCGACUUCGACUUCCUCGUGGGGUGGGGGUCAAGCUGGGGGGGGAUGUGGUCCCCGCACCGAAGUCUUGCUCCUCUGAGGCCUGAGCUCUUUCUCUCAGCCCCUUUUUACAGACUUAGAAGGGGGGUGCUAACCUGUCUUCAUACCCCACCCCCCGGAGAGCUCCCCUCUCCACCAGCCUUUUGCUGUGUCCCCGACCAAGACCCUGCCACCUGUGGGCUCCCCGGCCAUCGUGUGCGUCACAUGCCCCCCCGUGCAUGCCCGCCUCUCUGCAUGGUCUCUUGGGAGAAGAGAGAUACGUCGCCUCUGACUGCCCGUCCCACCCCAUCAAUGUGACCACUGCAGCGAAGACGCUCCCGUCCCCACACCUGCUCCGACGACUAGCCAACCUCCGUUUCUUUUAUAAACAGGCGGCUUUUUCUUAACAAGCCCUCACUGUACAGAACAGCCCACUGAUGGUUCAUUUGGGGUCCCCCUCUGCCCCCAGCCCCUCUUUCUGUUGGUUUAGCACAAAUACCCCCCUCCAGCAACCCAGACCCACCCCCAGCCAAUGUACUUGUUUUAUAUAUAUUUAAUCUUAUUCAAUGGAAACCAUGCUUUUGUCGUUUUAUACUUUGCUAGGUAGAAUUUAUUACCCCCCUAUGAUGCCCUCAUUUUUUUAAAAAAGGAAAAAAAAAGAAAUUGGGUUUCAGUCUUAAUUCAUUUUAUGUGCCAGGUUUUAUUUCGUGUGUGUGUGUGUGUGUGUGAGUGUGUUCUGUUUCGUGUUUUGUUUUCCGUUGUUGUUGUUUUUCGUUGUUUGGUUUUCUUCUCCCCCGCCCGGUCCCAUCCUCUACAGCACUCUGGUGCAGGAAGAAGCAAAAAAAAAAAAAAAAAAAAAAAAAAAAUUUAAAAAAAAAUUUAAAAAUGGAAAAAAAAAGAAGAAACAAGACAUGCCACCUUUCCCCUCGCACUGUUGCUUUUCCUGAUGGUUAAUACUACUGUCACGUAGCUGUGUACAAAGAGAUGUGAAAUACUUUCAGGCAAAAAUAAACUGUAAGUGACUCAUCAA